AUGAAAUGCUCCUCCAACGAAUAUGAUAUUCUUCUUUUUGUCAAAGAUGCUAAUUCAUUUACUAGUCUUUUAGAUGAAGAUAAAUGGCCAUCUCAAAUUGGUUCGCAAUUUUGUACAUUUCCUUCAUCACCUCAUAUUCCUCCCCAAUUAUCACUUAUUAUAAAAAAUGUUGAUUUUCAUAUGGAUAUGAAUGAUUUCACGGCGGAUUUAACGGCAAAAUUUCCUGAAAUUAAGAAUGUCAUUAGAUUAAAGAACAAAUUUCAGCAAGACAUUAAAAUUGUUAAAAUUAAAUUCGUGUCAACUUUAGCUCGUGAUCAGAUUUUAACUGCCGGGAAAAUUAAUAUUAAUUAUAGAUCAUAUGAUGUAGAAGAAUAUAUUGCUCCGGCUAGAGUACUCAUCUGCAGCAAGUAUUGUGGCAUUGGCCACUUUAAGUGCCAAUGCACGCAAUCGAAUGUAACAUGUAAAACUUGUGGACAAUCUUUCCCAGAUUUAAAACAACAUCAUUGCUCAAAUCAACCUAAAUGUAUUCAUUGUGGCGGUGAACACUUAUCUAAUGUGGCUAGUUGCCCGGUGGUCAAACAAUUUCGUGCCGCAUUAACUAAAAAAUUGUUAAUCACGAACUACAAUUCAACACCAACACUCAACUGCUUCAAAUAUGACCCUGCUCAAUUUCCUCAAUUAUCCUCUUCACGUAACUCAUCAAUUACUGGCUCACAUCACAAGAUUUUAUCUAAACUAGAUAAACUGGUUAUUAACAUGGAAAAAGUGAACAAUAAUAUCUCUAAAAUAACAAUUUGUGAAGAAAAAUUCGAGAAAUUUAUGCAGGAUAAAAUUAUUCAACAAGAUAUAAAUGUAUUAAAACGUAAUGAUAAAACUCUCGAAGCCCACCAAGUUCAACAGGAAUUAAAAUUGAAAAGACAUGAAAAUAUUCUAGUUAAAUUAUUGGUGCCAAUGCUUGAUGAAAUGUCCAAAGUUAUUCUAACACUUAAGCACGAUCAACAUGGUCGUCCUUUUGAACCUGGUCUUAAGACGAACUUCGAGAUAACUCGUACAAAAUUCAAAUUAGUCUUAGAAGGUAAAGAUUUGUCAUGA